GCAGCGUCCGAACCGGCAUUUGACGUUUGGUAGGCCUGUGAACUCUUUUUAAGUUUUGUGUUUGUCUUUAUUUACGUUUUGGCAACUGACAUGGACUCGUUGGUAUUUAUCCUCCUCCUGGGUAUCGCGUGGGAGCUGGGCAUCGCGGUCCCGUUGAUACCCGACCUGGCCUACAUAAGGAACGGCACUUGUCUCAAUGUGCGUCCGCCGGCUACGCUUAGCUACGAACAGUUCGCAGGUCGUUGGGUCGAGGUUUCGUCCCGUCCGAACGUGUUCAGGCAAGCGAGGCAGUGCGUUAAUAUGCACUUUAUCAUAACUGAAGACACCCCCCUGCGGAUCACAACAGGUAUCGACAACAACCAUGAACUGACUGAGGUGGUCACUCGGAUGCGGCCUCAGGAAGCGCCGUCGUCAUUCGUUCUUGAAUUGCAUGGCCUGGAAACGGGCACGUUCGUUGUUCUUGAUACCGACUACGACAGCCUGGCAUGCGUGUACCAGUGCCAACAAGCCACAGAGAAUGCCAAGGUAGAGUGGGCUUAUGUCUACGCCAGGAACCUUAAACAGGCUGAAGAGGCCGAGAAAAGGUGCAGGAAAGUCUUUUUAUCGAGAGGUUUCGACGUCGAAUCCUUAGUCAGAUCACCACAUCCGGACGAGACGUGCAACACCGCGAUAUAGUCGAAAUUAUUCGCUUUGUUGUUAAUAUCAAUGUUGUUAUUUCGUGUGUUUUUGUCUGUUGUUUAUUUUAUCUCUUGCUUUUGCUUUAUUUAUUGAGCCUACGUUGAUCGUACAUGCUCUGACCUUCUUUAUCGCAAUAUGUGGCUAAAGUUGAUAUUCAAAUAAUGUAUUAUGAUGUAUAUCUUUACCCGCCCACGCCCAUGCACAGGCGGUUGGACACAAUGUCAGUCGUUUUCGCUUACUUUAGGGACCAAAGUGAAUGAUAAGUCUAAAGCCAUGACUAAACCAAAAAAAAAAAAAAAA